AUGUCGACUAAUGGCACUCUCCAGCUUCCCCAAGCUCAGCAGCCGAAGGCUUCGGUAGAUGCUUCGCAGAACGGCAAAGCGCUGGCGCUGCCGAGUCAGGCGGGAGGUGAACAGGAGAAGGGGGAGGAGGACAAGGAUGUAAAGGUGCCGCCGUCUGUGCACGCUCCUAUCACGGAGCAGAUGCUCUCGAGUAUGCACGGUAUCGUGCCGACCUUGCAAAACAUUGUGGCUACGGUGAAUCUCGAGGCGCGGUUGGACCUGAAAACAAUCGCGCUGCACGCGCGCAACGCUGAGUACAACCCAAAGCGUUUUGCUGCGGUGAUUAUGCGUAUUCGUGAGCCGAAAACUACGGCGUUGAUCUUUGCAUCUGGAAAAAUGGUGAUUACGGGUGCAAAGAGCGAGGAGGACAGCCGCCUCGCAAGCCGCAAGUAUGCGCGCAUUAUUCAAAAGCUCGGCUUCGAGGCGCGCUUUAGCGAGUUCAAGAUCCAAAACAUUGUCGGAUCGUGCGACGUGCGUUUCCCCAUCCGCCUCGAGGGUCUUGCAUACAGCCACGGUGUCUACUCUUCGUACGAGCCGGAACUGUUCCCUGGAUUGAUCUACCGCAUGGUCAAGCCGAAAGUUGUGCUCCUGAUCUUUGUCUCGGGAAAAAUCGUGCUGACUGGUGCCAAAGUGCGCGAGGAGAUUUAUACCGCCUUCAACCUCAUUCUCCCCGUCCUGUCUGAAUUCCGAAAGCCCUAA